AUGGCGGACGAAGUCUAAAUUUUAAUAUACCGUAUUGGGUUUUUCUACUAUGUUUGCAAGAAGCAAACUGGUCCGAAUUUUAGCCUUUGGUGAUAGCUUAACGCAAGGGCAUACUUACCAGCUAACUCAUUUUCAUCCAUACACGCAUCGUCUCCGUCAGUUGUUACAGGAACAUAAGUCAGUCAAGUUUGACGUGGAUAAUGCUGGUAUCACUGGAGAGUUUGUACGGGACCAAAUGACGAAGAGAUUGCCCCUUUUACUGAGGAAAAAUGGUCCCUAUAAUUUGAUUAUCAUAUUAGGUGGUACCAAUGACCUUGGGGAUUUUAACCCGGGCGAAGAAAAAGCUCUCUUCAAAGAGAUAGUCAGUCUUCAUGAUAUUGCCCACGAGCAUGGGGCUAAAACAUUACUGCUUACAAUCCCAGAGAGUGAUUACAUUUUCAAAGACAUGGGAGCAAAUGGCACGUCUUAUAUCAAAGAGGAUGGGGAGAAAGGAAGGAUUCUGAUUAACGGAAUGCUGCGCGAUUUUGCAAAGGAAAAUGAUGACGUAACGUUGUGUGAUCUUGAUCAGGAGCACCGUCACACCAAUCUCAAGGAGGAAGAAAAAGUUAAAUAUUGGGAUGACGGUCUGCAUUACACCCCAGAAGGCUAUGACAGGAUGGGUGAAAUAAUAUUCGAGAAGAUAAAGCAUUUGUACUGGGAGUGAAUUUUUUUCAAAAAAAAAUGCACACUAAAAUCAAAAAUAAUAAACAAAUAAUAUUUCCAAAAUUUGAACGCUAUUUAAUUCGAUUUUUAUCACUCCCUUUUCAAUCAUCCACUCAAUCAUAUAAAGUCUAAUUGCAAUUUUAAACUUUUAAAAAAUUAAAUAAUUGUAUCAAUUUACAAAUAUAAACUCGUACAGACUCCUGUAUGUAUAAUGGGUUGCAGAAGCUCUCUUGCUCCAGUGCUUUGAGGGUUCAUUGUGGUCUCCUUCGGCACUGGAGAAAGAGGUCUCUCUGGCACCCAGGGUAACUGUCUGAUGGAAAAUGAAAGUAAAAAAUGCUUUUACAAUUACUUUGGUAAUCAUGUAUGCAGAAAAACACCAUUACCACUGUUUUCAUUACCAACUAGUGCUGACUGCGAUCAGUGUAUAGUGUCGUAGUGAAGGGCACAUUCAGGUAUUUGUAUGUAUAUAGAGAUAUCAUGCAUCACUUCAAAAAAGCAUAAUAAUUAUGGCAUAAUGAGGUGUUCGGUGCACUGCAGGACACCCCUGGAUCUGCCCCUGCAUGGAGUAAGGACACCUCCUGGUCAAUUCUGGUGGCAAUUAAGCAAGCUGCACAAUGGGAUCCUGAUUGGAUUGCUCUUUCUAAUGACCACAAAGGGCCUUUUMAUUUGACAGAUUAAUCCAUAGCAGGGACAGAUUCAAAAAACUCCUAAAGUGGAGUUGCAUUGGCAGUCUUGACAAGAUAGUGACUGACAAUGUUAUACCUAAUGCAUCAAUGUGUGCAGGGUGUCAGGAGCCACACAUUCUUUAGAAAAGAAUCCCUAACAAAUAACUUUGGCUCUCUGCUGAUCUACUCUUUGAAGUAAUAUUUCAAACAAGCGAGAGAGUUCUUCCUCUGAUUUCCA